CAAAGCCACCACACGCCAGGGGUCCUUCGCACACGGUUUUGUUUAUAUCCACGUCACCAGGAAGUAGACGGUGAACUAUCAAAUUCAAAAAUGCUGAGACAGGACGCCCAGGACGCGCCACUCUUUGGCGAGGAUCACGACCACGACGAGCCGAGGAGGUCUAACAUCCGGCAUCCCGUGGCGUCGUUCUUCCACCUCUUCUUCCGGACGAGUGCCAUCUUGGUCUACUUGCUGUGCGACAUGUUCAGCAGUCGCUUCAUGGUCUGUAUGGUCACCAUCAUCCUGCUGCUGUCAUGUGACUUCUGGACUGUCAAGAACGUGUCUGGCCGGUUGUUGGUGGGCCUUCGCUGGUGGAAUCAGGUGGACAGCGAUGGAAGGAGCCGCUGGGUGUUUGAGUCGAGGAAGACACAUGGUGUGAACACGACGUCCGACGCUGAUUCGCGGAUCUUCUGGCUUGGACUUAUCGUGGGCCCCAUCUUCUGGAUCCUCAUGGUGUUCAGCACCAUCUUUUCUUUCAAGAUUAAAUGGCUGGCUAUUGUCAUAAUGGGCUUGGUUCUACAAUGGGCCAACUUGUAUGGUUAUGUCAGAUGUAAGGUGGGUGGAAAGUCCAACCUGGGAAGCAUGGCAAAGAACUACCUCGGUGUCCAGAUUUUAAAACAGGCGAUGAAGAAAACCGAGGGAGUUUGAAGUUGAAGAGAGGACACAUGACAACCAUCUGCAGUGUAACGGAGAAACAAAACUGGAUGAACACAUUGAUUCCUGUGGAAAAGGUGGCUGGUCUUUUCUGAGGGUUUACGGAUUUUGUACGUGUUGUUUCUUUUGAAUUCAUUGUUUGAAGAAUUCAAGGAUAAUUGCCAAAGUUUUCUAUAAAUUCCAAUCAAAAUAGUCAAAUUUUUUAGAACAAAUUUCACACAUUUAUUUUCAUAGCGCAUCAGUGCAGACUUCAGGGAGAGGUAUAUAUAUUUUUUAAUUGAUGUGUUGUAGUUGGUUAUUUAAAUGACAAACUCGAACUUGUAAGAUGAGUUUACCACCAGACUGUCACAGACACUGUUGUGCUUUAAUUUAUCUUCUGUUAGUUUAUUUAUUUAUUCAGGAAAUCUCACAAACCAUAAUGUGGCACUUUAUUCCAACAGUAAGAUGCAUAGUACUGGAAACUUUAACAUUAAGGAGAAGAUAAUGUUAAAAUAUGUGAUUUCUGCGUGGAUUUUGAUCCUAAAUUUAGGGCAUUUUAGUUCUCAAAACUAAAGCAUUGACUGUGUCUCAGAUGUCUGACAAGUCUUUUCCAGUUGGAUUGAAGUUUUGUCAUUGUUGUGCAGCAUGUUUGAAUAUGAAAAAGACAUAUUGGGAAUACAGAGGUAUAUAUAGAGCUGUUGGUGGCUGCUAAUCAAACCUAGGUUGUGGAUAUUACUCCUGUGUUAUGGUUUUUGUUUGAUCAAACUUUAUUUUUUUGUUUAAAACAAUGUUAUAUCUGACAUUGUGGUGAAUUGUAAGGAGAACUCUUUAGAAUUUGAUCUGGUUUUAAUUCAGAAACCGGUCAUUUAUCCAGGACGUUUCGGGGAAAUUGUUGUUUUACAACCAAGACAAUAAAGUUUUACCAUUACUUUUGGAA